UAGAAAGGAGCCCAGUCUGUGCGAGCGCUCGGCUUGAUCAUGACGGCACAGCCCACCGUUAGCGGACGGUGCAGUCUGUUGCCCCUGGCCUGGGCUCUAUUGGCCGGGCUCUGGGCUUCGGACGGGGUCGAUGCCCUAAUGCAACCCUGGUGUAGCGUGAUAGAUACAGCCUUGGUCGGUUGGAACAUCUCGUCGAGUCGCACCGCGACGCACAAGCUGUGCCACCUUUCCUGCCUGGACACCCCCGGUUGCCAAUCGGCCAACUACUGGUAUCCGAAAAAAGAGUGCGAAUUGAACAGCGUGUCGCAUUUGAACGUCUCCAGCCGUCAUUUGGUCGAGAAGGCUGGCUCCGUGUAUACCUUCACCCAACAGAACAUCGGAUGCAAUUUUCAGUCGACUGCUGCCAGUUGCCAUGACGAUGAGCCCAAAGCUCCGUGUGCAGAUAAUAUGAGAGACCCAGAGUGGCGACUGGUGUUCAAAGGCGUGGCAGGAACUGGAGUCAAGCUGCAUGACAUGUGGACCACAAUGAACUGGACCUCGAGUUAUGAGGCGAGUGGCCAUCGCCGUGAUAAUUGCCUUUACCAAGCCUGGCGCAACGGGCAGCUGAAUGUCCGACGAGUAAAGCUUUCCCUGUCUAACAGCAUGGAGGUGAGAGCCGAGUUGAUCUUCAAUGGAGCCGGCUCGGACAUCAAGAGUUGGUUCACACAGACCCGCCUGAUUUCAUCUCCCUGGGAUGAUCUCAAAUCAGCUCCAUUUACUGGAGGUAGUGGUCAGUUCUUCAGUGUCGACGGUCACAUUGAAGAGGAUCGGCGGUUUUACAUCAACAACAACUAUGGUGGAUGUGGAGUGGAUAAAGGUUGGCUGCUUGUGACCGAGUCUGCUUCGCUAGUGCACUGUCCAUGGGAGACAGAGACGGAAGCACAUCCCUACCCAAUCAUACUCUACAGCACAACCAACCAGAAGGUGACGUGGAACGAUUUGCGUUCAAACGCUGGACCAGUCGUUAGGGCAGAUAGCCUUACCAUCCACAUCGAUACUGAGUGAGCCUGGAUCAACAACUAUGGCGUAUCAAGAAGGAUGGAGGAGUGAUUGUAGCCCCGCCCCUCCCUCCGUUGAAUUUUUAAAGUUAAUUAACGGACAUUAAAUGCACCUUUUUCAAAGAGCUACAUUAAUUUAAUAUAGUUCUAUGACCUUUUUACAGUUUUGCUAUUCACAAAAUGCGCUUGGCCGUAAUUCUUCAACCACGCAUGCGCGGAUAUGAAGUAUAUUUGCAUAAAAUACAACUUAUUUCUCGCCAUUUGGCGCUUCAAAACUUUUUCGCUCCUUCGUACAAACUAUAUUUUAGAAGAUAAUUUUCUUGGUUAUAUUAUAAUUGUGUUUAUUUACCAUUACUGUUAUGGUUAUUUACUACCAACAAAACAAAACAAAAAUGCUGGAAAAAAUCGCUCAGAAGUUAUAAGUUCACGAUUAAAGCAAAAUUCGGGCAACAGUGUUCCCCGUGCUCAGAGUGUAAAAGCACAAUUAACUUAAUCUGAGAUAUUAUGGACUAUAUAUCAUCAAUGGGAGGAGCGUUAUUGUGAAAACAAUUCGCCCCAAAAUUGAGGCUGUUUAAUUGGCAACAAAAUACCCAUUCGCGUCAUUAAUAUUCGCGUUUUGAGCUGUUACGAGAGAAACUAUUGCAGUCCAAAUCCUCCCUUUCAAACUUACCGUGCAAAGGGAAAACAUAACAAGUUUCUAGAAGUUUGAUGAUGCAUGGCAACUGGGACAUGAAUACUGAGCCAUUCCUUUAGAAGGGACAAUAAACUAAACAGAUACCGUGUACUGGAUCAUUGGACAAGUAACGGAAUGUGUCGUGCGUGUGUGUAUUUGAUGCAUACAGUGAAAUCCAUUUUGUAACCAAUUUAGAUCCGACUUCCACCAUAAUUAAAGGUAUUACUGGAAGAUA